AUGAGGUCGUGUGGGGCCGCAGUGUUGAUCUACACUCUUCUCGCCACGCUCACCGCGGCGGGCGACCUCGUCGGGGCUGCGCCUGCGCCCACCACAAGUGCCCGAGAGUCCCGGCAGAUGCACAAGCUUUGGGUCGCGAUUUACCUGAACGCCACGGCGUACUCCGCGGCCGCAUCGAUCCCACAGUCUUUUCUGGUGGCAUUUGAAAAGGACUUGCGUGAGCGCCUCCUCCGCCACAUGCCGUUGCUGCGUGGUGCCGCCUCCGCAAACCACUCUUCCACUGGCUCCGUGUCUUGCGCUGCUCCCUGUUUCCCUUCCCGGGGUGCGGCGGCGGUGGAUGCCCCCCGGGGACGUGGGGCCGCCUGCUCCCACUAUCCCCCUGCACUUUUUUGCAAGUGGGAGGUUGAAGCGGCGGCGCCCACUCCGGCGGAACUCUAUCUAGCGUGCCGGAGGCGCGUCCAGGGGCUGUACAUGGCGGCGGACGCCACGGAGACCGCGGGCGCCAGCGGCAAUAGGGACGUUUUUGGGCGCUCCUCAGAGGCGUAUUGCAACCUGACCGGCGACCGGCGUCCUCUGGUGGCGGUGGGUGGCGACUGCUAUCGCGGCGCCCUCUUCGCUGCUCCGACAGGCAGCAAGUGCGGCCGGGUGACGUGCGCGGAGGUGGCCAUGAUUCUGCUGGCGACUGCCCUCGCACUGGUCGUGGUCGCCGCUGCGGUGUAUCUUUGCCGCCGCUCAUUUUUUGGCCGCCUCCUCGCCACCAACCCCGACAGCGCUGAGGCGGCCUCGUCCUCGCAUCUGGCCGUCCGCCUGGCGGACCACAAGGAGCGCGGCGGUGACGCGGCCCCUGAGCCGUGGAGCCGGCCCGCGGAGGCCCGCACUCCCUCCCCUCCACACUUUCACGCUUCUUUAGGGAACUCUAAGCCUCCGCCGUCCCAGUCACUGAGCCCAAAGGCCGCGCGUUUUCCAAAGACGGAGGAGCGCACGACCAAUGUGUCGUCAAGUAGUGGGCGAACGCCCGGCUACUCGGAGCACAGGCAAGUCCUAACGCCGGGCUCCACGCACUCAAAGCGCCACCGUUCAACGCCGCGGGAGUAUGAACCACCGCCGGUGAAUGGUGUUGAGGUGGCCAUGCACGCUGGAAGCAGAGUGGAAGAUUCGAGCGUUUUGCACUUAGAAAAAGCCUCUCCCGUCGCCCGCGAGGUUGACAUAUCGAAUGAGGAGCGGGAUCAGCUGCGGCUCCAGCGUUCAUGGCUCAGGGAACACGUGAUAGGCCUUGAUGCACUGUAA